UUGGCCCGCGGCCUCCGACAUCUGAUUUUGGUGUGGUUGCGGGUUGAUCAAGUCGGCCUCGAACCCACAGCCCAAUCAUUUAUUUGAGCUUCGUAGGAAUUGCUUAAGACAAGGCUCACUGCCCAAGCAAUGCAAGCAUCCAGCCAUUUCGACAAACCAACCGCUGCCCCGCUCCGCCUACCAAGAGAAGUUUAGAGGAGUGUUUGUAGUUGGGCUCCAGUGUCAUCCCAAGGUUCUGACCUAGCCGGAGGUCUAAAGCCUAGAGCUAUAAAAGCAUCCAAGUACACCCUAGCAAAGCAACGACUCCUACAGCUCCGUUGCCACUGCGAAAGAGAAACCCGCCCGGCCAUCUCCAGACACCAUGACCGUUGAUCAGAACACGCAAAACGGAGGCGAGGAGGAAAGGGUUAAUUACCAGGAGCUCCGAGACUGGAUCGCCCACCAAGAAGCUUAUGAGGCUUCCGCCUCCACACCCGCACCUUUGACACCUGCCCAGCGCAAAGCCCUCACCCUCUUCAAGCUCCCCGCUGCCGCGCCACACGAGAUUGAGAUGGGCGACAAGGACUGGGUCAGCCUGCUUCACAGAUACCGCGACGCGCACCACCACAUCGGCGUCAGCAUCACCUUCAGCGAGUCCCCCAGCCCGGACCUCCGGUGGCUCUGCACCUGCACCCUCACCACCUCCUCCGCCAACUUCCCGGACCCGGCCCCCUUCCCCGGCCCGGACACGGGCUUCCUAGCCGCCACCGGCGCCGCCCCGUUCUUCGCCCGCAAGCGCGACGCCAAGCAGUACGCCGCCCGCUGCUGCGCCGAGUGGCUGAUAGCCCAGGGCCGCAUUCCCCCGGACGGCGAAUCCGUGGUCUUCCCGCGGCCCACCGCCACCGCCCUCGCCUCCUCCUCCUCCUCUGCUUCUCCUUCUUCUCCUGCCCCCUCGCCAAGGCAGAGGAAGGGCAUCCCCGGCGGCGCGGCCGUCGACGUCCGCGACGACGACGUCCCCGCCACCCAGCGCGUCCAGGAGAUGUGUCGCCGUCUGGGCCUGCAGGCGCCGCGGUACGAGCUCCGGCCCGCUGCCGCCGCCGCCGGCGGGGUCGGGGGUCCGCUGUGGAGCGGCGAGCCGUCCUUUGCCGGGGCGGCGGGGCCGCAUCUCGUGCCCGAGGGUGUCGGGAGGGUGGAGGGCGUCUACGGGAAGAAGUUUGCCAAGGAGAGGAUCGCUGAGGAGGUGCUGGCGCACCUGCUCCAGAUCGAGGCGCAGAGGAGUGCCCAGCGGGGGAAGCUCUUGGAUGGGGUUAUCUGAGGGGUGGGGGGCGCUGUCGACUCCCUGCUUUGAGCAUAGGUUGUUCCUACGGAUUGGUUGAGGUUGAUCUUUGACAGGUGGCGUUAGGGAUUGGGAUCAGGGCUCUUUAAUGAUAGGUCAUUAUGGACAGGAUAUGC